ACAAGGAGAGGGAGGAGGGGCAAGGCAACCGCAGUCGAGAGGAGAGGCGAGGCGGAGCGGGCGCUGAGGCCCGGGGCCCGGUGCAGUUGGUAAACUCGAGAGAGAGGAGGAGGAAGCAGCAGCAGACGCAGAACGAACCGAAUCGCAGCAUCGUGAUCGCCCGCAGAUCUUCUGUCUUCUUCAAUGCGAGCCCAAUUGCGCAAUUCCCAUCUGGAUGUCCAUCCCUGUGCACCCAGCCGUGUAUAAACUCCACGGGCCACACUUCUCGCUCGUCAUUUGUCGUCCUCGUCGUCGUCCCUCGCUCGAGUCUGCGCUUGCUGAGCGACUGGAAGUGAAGGGAGUGCAUGUGUCGCACGCGAAUUAAGCUCGCGUCUCCACACGCUCGCCCGCCUGCAAGCUCAGGAGGUUCAUAUAUAGCCGCCACAAAUCUGAUCCUGCACCAUCUCGCACCCACCCACUCACUCGUGUCCGAAGGCCUGAGAGCACAAAUUUAGACUGCUCGUGCUGCGACCUGCGGCGGGAUUGAAUUGAGCUCAAAGCUCGGGAUUGAUUGAGUCGAGGCGUGUGUCCUCCCGCGUCUACAAUUCCGGAGCUCAUGCGUGCACUACGGAGACAGAAGUUCACGAGAGCUGACAGAUCUCGUGCGAGCUUGAUUCUGAGAGUCCCGGAGUGACGGGUCGAGAGCAGAUUGUGCCGUGCGUGCGGCUAUGGAAGCUGCCGACGAAAUUACGCCAGCUCCAGAUGUGGGCAUGGGGCACUAGCUGUGGAGUCUGAGUCUGAGAAGCAGGCUGUGGUGCAGUGAGAGCAUCGUCUGAGGGAGUGGCAGCAGCAGAGAAGAGGGACGAGAAUCGAGAAUCGAGAAUCGAGAAUCGAGGAGCAUGGGGAACACGCUGAUGUGCUGCGCUCCGGGUCCGAAGACAGUGAGGAUUCAUCAAGAGAAGGGGAAGAUUAUGGAGUUCUACUCGCCGAUUCUGGCGUCGAAGCUGAUGCUGGAGUAUCCGAACCACCUGAUCGUGUACCGGUGCAUCAAUGGCAAGCCCGGGACGAUCAAGCAAAGCCCGUCGUUCAACAGCAAGGCCGUGGGCCAGAAUGCCGAGGUGCGCGUGGUGCGAGCCAGCACCAAAUUGGAGCUCGGGCACGCCUACUUCCUCGUGCACAUCCCCGAGCAGUACCUGGCUCGCUUCUCCAAGUACUUCAAUGUCGCCAAUUCUCAGGUCGCCCCGGCCCCCGCCGCCCCCUCGCAAGCCCCGACUCUGGGAUCAGCAGCAGCAGCAGCAGCAGCAGGCGCUGGGAGCAAGGACUCGAGAAAUUCGAGCUCGAAUUCGAGCUCCAAUGCGAGGGUGCCCAAGAGGAAGUCCUCGAGGCCUUCGAAGCCCGGAUCCAAAUCGUCCCGGCACAGGCGCAGCCCACGAGGAUCUCCGGGCCACAAGAAAUCGUCGGGACGAGGAUUAUGGGGCGGCGAGAGCAGUGCCAGCAUCUCGUCUCGCAAAGUCUGCGCCUCCCACGACGGCUCCUCGAACAAAUCGUCGGGGCUCACGUACUACCAAUAUUACCGCAGCAAGUACGCUCGGCAAUCGUGGCGGCCUCUGCUGUCCACCAUCGCCGAGAACGACGAGUCCUAGCCAAAGCUUCGAGUUUCGCAUCCGAUCGUCGUCAUCGUCGAGCAUGGCUUCGAUCGAUGCCACGGCCCCGAAUCAAAUUUUGUACCACAACCUUUGUAUUAUAGAUACCACAGAGCAGGAGGUCGAAAAAUCGAUCACGCCAUCAUCCUCUCGAUCGCUCGAAGCUCUCACAGGAAUCAUUGCCAGCCUCGAUGGAUGCGAUGGAACCUUCGUGUGCCAUCCGCCUCGUGGGCCCGAAUGGGGAAGAGGGAGGGGGGGCUGACGAAAACGGGGAACCUCGACAUUUCUGUCAUUUGGGUCCAUCGAGCUCAUCCUCGAUUCGGUUCAAAACCUCGAUGGCGGACGAAGAUGGAGGCAUUCGCUCAUCUUUAGAUUCCAGAUUAGAGCCUCAGGAGGCUGCUGGCCUCGUUGCAACGAAGCUGGAACGUAGACAGGCCUCGUGUAUAGCUUAGAUUAGAUUAGAUUAGCUUAGCUUAGCUUAGCCCACAAUUAGUUAGAAACUUCAGGCUGAGAAAUGCGCUUACCGGACAAUUUCACCAAAUUCACGAGAGAGUGAGUGAGGGAGUGAGAGGAAGGUCUGCAAGGGCCGCUUGCCCUCGGACAGUCCCCAAAAAAAGGUGAAUUGUGCCUGUGUAUGCAAGAUGUGGAUCUCUUUCAGCUGCAGUUCAAUUCUUCAAAGUACCGAUUACUGCUUGUCC